AGGGGGCGUCGUGGUGCGGUCGCAGCGCCAAUGCAGGAUGGGCUCUGGUGUAGGGGAGCUCGUCUUGUAUUCGGGAGCUGCGCCAUAAACGGAGCCUUCGUAGGAAACCGUGGCCCCUAGGCUAGGCAGGGAGAAGGGUGCACGCAUGCACACCUCGCAGCCGAGCUGCUGGGAGGCCCACCCAGCCCCAGCGCUGGAGGGGGGCGCAUGGAAGGGCCCUGUUGCGAGUGACGGUUAUCAGAGGUGGACAAGCCCUUUGCUUCUGUGCCAGAGGUUGCACACUGCAGUGGUAUGUCUGAAGAGCAGAACUGGAACAGAGCACCGCUGGCUGGAGCGGCAUUUGAAGGACCCAUUUGUGAAGGCAGUGAAACAGCAGAAUUAUCGUUGCCGAAGUGCCUUCAAACUGCUGGAGAUUGAUAAUAAGCAUCGGGUUCUUUGUCCAGGGUUUUCUGUGCUAGACUGUGGAGCUGCUCCUGGGGCAUGGAGUCAGGUUGCUGUACAGAGGGUCAAUGCCUUGGGCACUGAUGCCAGUGCCCCUGUUGGCUUUGUCCUUGGAGUUGACCUUCUGCGGAUUGCCCCUCUGGAAGGAGCAGUUUUCCUCUCUAAUGCUGACAUGACAGAUCCAAGCACGCUUAAUAAGAUCCAGGAGUUGCUUCCUUCAGGGAAAGCAGAUGUUAUUUUGAGCGACAUGGCACCUAAUGCCACAGGGAUCCAAGAACUAGAUCAUGACAAACUGAUUAACUUGUGCUUGUCAGUUCUGGAUAUGUCCUCAAGCAUCUUGCAGCCAGGGGGGAUUAUGCUCUGUAAAUUCUGGAAUGGAAGAGAUGCCCAACUUCUCCAAAGCAGGCUGAUGGAGCACUUCUGCAACGUAAGAACUAUAAAGCCUCAGGCCAGCAGGAAGGAAUCUGCAGAAUCCUAUUACUUGGCAAGGGGGUACAGAAGGACUGUGAAAAACUGAUUAUGUCUGCCUUUCUUGUAUGGGUUGUCAGUCAUUGAUUGGACACUAGGACUUUGGGUAGACCUAAAGAAUUAUCCAUUUAAACUCUUACCUUUUGGUUUUAUUGUUAAUCCUACUUUGGGAAAAUCUGCCAUUAUUUAUAUUGUGCCAUAGAUAUCCAAAGCAAGACGAGGUUGCUGCUUCACUGAGCUGCUACUCUAUAUCAGCAAAAAUAUCCAGUUCUUACUCUGGGAUGUGGGAGGAGGCUGUUGUGAAUGGCAUGCAGUAGCAUGAAAGUCCAUGGGGAUAGAGUGAUGGAAAGAAAAAUAAAGCACUGGUUAUAGUUUUGUUGA